AUGUAUUUGGAAUUCACACCCGCGGAACUGCCUAAAUACACACACGAAAUCACUUUAAGAAAGGAGAAUGGCAACCCGAUGUUGCUGGUUAUUCUUGCCCUUUCGGACUUUCAUAAAGUUACCGGACCCGUCAGAGUCACCUUUCCUCGCUGCCUAGUAAAUGAAAAGGUUCAGAAACUUAUCAAAUUUGGUGAGGAACUUGUGUGCGAACUGAAUGGCGAGGGUUACGAAACAGCAGUUGCUUUAUCCAAGUCUUCCAUAACUUUACCAGACACACUGAUGGGCACCCAUAGUUUUGCUUCAUUUAGUAUUCAAAAUGACAGCGAUGAGACAGUAAAUUUCAAGUGGAAUUUACAGGAAUACUAUGGAGUACUUCUUUUACAACCACCAAAUGGAAUUUUAUUGCCAAAAUCACUUCGGGACUUUAUUGUCACCUUCAGUCCUGACUCCGAGAAGGAAUUUGUCGCCACAGCGCUCUGUACUGUGAGUGGACGUAAAGAACCGCUAGAUCUAUUACUCUGUGGUCAUGGUAGAGGACCAGAGAUUGAAUUUUCCUUCACCUCACUGAAUGUUGGCAAGGUUUUAGUAACGACAACUCAGGCAUUUGAGUUGGUACUUCAUAACAGAAGUGAGAUCAAAGCAUCCUUCUUUGCCCAUUUAAAAUAUGAGAAUUGUAGAGUCGCUCCACAGAAAGGCGUCAUAACUGCUGAUGGGUAUCAAGUAGUUAUGGUGACCCUUUGGUCAACUUCUUUGGGUCCGUUCACAAGAAAUAUUGACUUUGAAGUUUUGGGCAGUUCAAGGAUGAAGUCCAUCACGAUAAGUGGUGAAUUUGUCCCACCUGAACUAUUGGUUGAACCAUCCCUCGUGGACUUCAGGAAAGUUGCGUUUGGUUUUGAGAUGACAAAAAUGAUGAAGGUGCAGAAUGUCUCCGCAAUUCCCAUUUCAAUCACCUUCAAUGUUGGAGCGAAAUCCCUCUCUGUCAGUCCAUCUCAAGCUCUCCUGGAAAAGAUGGAUACCGUAGUGGCAGAAAUUACUUAUUUUGCCUCCGAAGUGGGGUCCACUGAUAGCUGCAUUCGUAUUAAUAUGGAGACAGUAGGAAAGAUCUUUGAGAUUCCGAUCACUGGGAGAUGCUGCGUCCCGCAGAUUCAAGCAGAAUGUCGGCAAAUUGAGCUUGAUUCGUGCUUCUUUAACCACCCAAGAGAGUUUACUGUACCACUUGUGAAUCCUUCGGACCUUCUCGCCAAAUACCACAUUCUACCAGUGGAAAACACCAGUGUCCAAAUUACGUCGACAUCACUAGAGGUAUUAAAUACCCUCAAUGGACUACUACCACCCGAAAAGGUGACACAUGUCCCCUUGCAGGUCUAUGCAAAAGUCACGGGGUUUGUUUCAGUAAACCUCGAAGUUGCGAUUGUUGGUGCCGACUACAAUCCUCUGGUAGUUGAAGUUGUCUGUCAUUGCGUGGGCCCAGUUCUGUCCAUAAAUGCAGAAAAAGUAGACUUCGGUAGGAUUGCGGCUCUCACGCCCUUUCAGCACUCCGUACUGCUUUCCAACGAAUCACCAAUUCCAGCACACUUGACGAGUAUUAAGGUGCAGAAAUCCACCACCUUUUGUGUGCAUCCCCAAGAAGUGACAAUACCUCCGUUCGGUAGGACCCAGGUUGAAGUAACGGCAUGCGCCGACGACGUUGAUGUGGAAAUUGCUGGUGUACUGGAAAUCUGCGUGGAGAAUUCCGAGGUAUCUCCGCACAUCAUUCAGCUGCGAGCCAUUGGUGUUGGCAACACAAUAACCAUUGAACCGGAAGUACCACUGAGGUUGUCUUUGGGUCAGCAGUUUGAAUCGCUACCACAGACAAGAGCUUUCGUGGUCAAGAAUUGUGGAAGGCGCCAACAACGUCUUGUAUGGACAGUUGAAAAUGUCCACUGCAUUCGAAAGGUGGAUUCCAAUAAGAAGCCCAAGGAACCGGACUACGAAAUUCAGCUUGAUCCUCCAAAAUUUGAACUCAAACCUUUUCAGGGGGCAGAUUUCUCCCUGAAGGUUACCUCCGUCAGAUCUAUGGAAAUAAGGUUUACCCUCAAAUGCCACACGGUGAUAGGCAACGCUGGCCACAAACGGCUUCUCCAAGAGUGUAUCGUCUCGGCGGUGUUUAUCAAGCCCAUGAUCGAGGUUGUCCCAAAUCCAGUUGAGUUUUGCCUUCUCAAAAUACCGGAAAAAGACGUUGAAAAUGCCCACCAGAGCAUUGUGAUAACCAAUCUCGCUGAGAUUGAAACUGCACUUCAAGUAGCCGUCGACAAGCCAUGCUUUCUCAAUGAGUGCGCAAGGCCAGCACAAAGCCUCGAGCUUACACUUUCUGGUAAGGGAGAGGAAAACUUUUGUGUUGGAUUCGCACCGCCCUUGGCGAACAAUAAACGAACCAGUUUUGUCGUUGAUACCCACCUAAAUGUCUCUUUCCUGAAACAUCCAUUAAAGCUCACGAUCCCGGUUCACGGAGAGGUCCAUUUUCCCAGUCUUCGGGUAGAAAACGAUUUCCUGGAUUUUGGAAGUGUUGAAAAUGGAAGUGAGGUGACCAAAUCCCUGCUUCUGCUCAACACCAGUCCAAUUAAAGUUAACUACCGAUGGAAGCUCGUUCAUGGCUCACUCAGAAACAGCCAACGAGAGCCGCUAAGACUUCUGAUGCGUUCAAAAUCACAGGAGUUGCGCACGAUUCCUGCAACACCUCUUGUUCACUCCUCCUCAAUCUCUAACAUUGAUGCAUUACACAUCACAGAUGUCUUUUCAAUCACACCCGGGUCAGGCUCUGUUCCUGCAGGUGAAAGUGUCUCCACCUGCAUUAAAUUUCAUGCCCAUUCGGACGUGGCGGCGAGUUGUGCUGCGAUUUGUUGCGUUAGUGAUGGUCCAGACUACACUGUGGAUUUGAAAGGUGAAAGCUCAACCUCCGACUGCUAUAUCAAAACAAAUGAAGUGCCAUUUAGGGAGAUACUUUUUAAUGAAGAAGCGAUAGAGUCUUUUCACAUCUAUAACGCUGGAAAAGUGCCAAGUCCCUUCUACUUCACUUGGGAUAGAAACGAUGUGAAUUUUCGGAUGUUUCCUACAAAAGGGGAAGUUCCAGGAAAGGGUGUUGCUGAAAUAAAGAUGUGUGUGGAUGUACCACAACCGAGGGAGUUUACAGUCUUUGCUAAAGUUCACUUAGCCGGCAAGCAACCAGAACAAAUCCGAGUCCAUGGAAAGGCCUGCUUCCCCCAUGUGGUGUUGAAUCUGCCUCGUAUUAAUGGCGAGCCCCCUAGGGAUAGCGAUUUAUGCAAGGAUGAAAGAGAUUUUAUUAAUUCUCAGCUGGCUACCGACCAUCCUAGUCACAUACUGACUCUUUCGCCAUAUAAGCUGGACUUUUGUGAUAUUGUCUGGGGAGAGGUUAAGGAAAGAAAAUUGACCUUAAAACAACUAUGUCACAGUUUUGCAUAUCACCUGAGCAUCAAGGCGAUGAACAGGAAGAUGUUAGCCAAAAAAGGCGUGACUGUUCAAAUCGGAUGCGAAAUUUCCAUAACAUUUGACUCGUCAAAUAGCGAAACUGGGCAAAUCGCCCUGGAAAUACCCUUAAAGGUUAGUUUGGACGUUGCUGAAGGCUCAACUAACGUAGUGGCUUCGGAACUAAAAAUGAGUGAUAGCCUCCUUGACUUUGGUGAGAUCUACGUAGACGAGGCCAAAAUAUUGGCUGUUCAGUUGCAUAAUCCAACACCAUUCCCCAUAAACUGGAGCGAAUCAAGACCCAAGACGGCAAUAAGUUCCUUUGAAUUGAUGCCAAAGUCUGGAAGUCUGCAAUCAGACCAAAAGGAGAAUGUAUUUAUUAAAUACAAGCCUAGAAUAGGAGGACCUGUAAGCGAAAAUAUACGCCUACUGCUGACAGAAAGUAAAACACACCUGGAAAUCACUUGUCAGGGUGUGGGACUUGAACCUCGACUGAUUGUCCAGCCGCGUGCAAUCGAGUUCAGGCCCCUCAUUCCAAACGGAGAGACAGAUGAACAGGCGGAGGAAAGGUGUCUCACCUUCUUGCCUUUAUUUGAUGAAGCUGAGGAGGUGCUUCUGCCACCGAGAAAACCAGGGAAAAGUUUGCCAGUGGAGGCGUACGAACAUGAGCUUCAACCGAAGCCGUCAAGAGCUAGCACACCAAAGACCAGUUAUCUGAGAAGUUCAAAACGCGGCACAGCAAAACAGACACCAGAACAUUUCAGAAAAAUGCCUCCCAAUCUAAGCCCUUUUAACAGUCAGACAACUUUUCGAAGAUAUGCUGAGGAGAGGCGGACAGGAGUCGAGGAGGCUGGAAUUGUUUUGUUAGUUUUUGGUUCACCACAGUCGGGACAAAGUGACCUCGCCAAAUUGCUGGCGCAGCAUUACGAUGCAGUGCACCUAAAUUUGAAUGAGUUCUUUGCAAAUCUCGAAUUCACGAGCUUGAAGAAUUCCGAGAAGGACGCUCUAUCGGCACCACUUCUAUCGGCAGACAGUAUAUUUGGACUCAUCAUGAGUGGAAUAGGCAAUUCCAAACGAUGUGAGACUGUCCUUAAAGCCCUAGGCAAGAGAAGGAUGAACAUGUUUGCGGUGACGGUCACUCGUGAAAUAGCUUCUAUUAGUCUUGCAGAUGCACGUUAUGAGGAGGCCUUAAGCAAGGCUGAAAAGUACGCUUUUGAACGCAAAGUCACAGAGUACCGGAGUAUGGAGGAGUGGCAGUAUGAUAUACUGCCAGACAGCGCACGUCAGGAAGUUGAUUUAGCUCUGGCCGAGUGGAAACGUCAACAGCACAAGGAAAGUAAACAGAAUCUCGGAUCGAAAUCCUCGAUCUCUUCAGUGAGCUCACAAAAGGGAAAGUACGCGGACCUCGAAGUCAAGUUAAAGGAAUUCGAAAAGGAGCAUCGUAGAAUCUGCCAUCUUCUAAGCACUUGGGAUAUCAAGAACCAGGAGCAGAACCCCAACGAAGCCUCACUGCCACUUAUUGACUUGGACGCGCCUAAAAACGGCUCCUCUCGCAAUUCGGACGACAAUCUCGUUGGUAUUCCACAUUUUGUUGUCCAUUCGAAAUUGGAUGUCGAAAUUAUGGAGUCGCCUGUGGAUCAAGUCUACGAACGCGUUGAAGAUGUUCAACGAGAGAGGCCAAACAUCUCGGUGGUGCUGAACAAGCUACUGCCACACUUGCCAACUCGGGAGGAGAUUCGACGUCAACUGGGCUAUGGACCGCUUGCAAUUGAAAUUCCUCCACCAAUAACAUUUUCUGUUGUUCACCGACCGGUUAAAAGGGAAAGAUGCGGUGAAGUAGACCACUAUUUCACCAUUGUGAAGCCUCCUGGCUUAGCGGAAGCGACAGAGGCAGGUUUAUUGGAUAUGCCUAAAGCAACGGAAGGUUUGCAAAGUGUCAGUGGGGUGUCCACAAUGACACCGAGGUCCCGACGUACAUCGACAAGCUCAUCUUCUAGAGGCAAACGAUGGCAAGGAAAGGCAUCAUUGGCAAUUCCUGAACAGAACUUUUGUGACCCGUCAAUCUACCGCUGGAUUGUGCCUGAGAAUGGCCAGAUCCAACUCCCCUUGAGGUUCACUCCGCGAGGAGUAGGCAACUUCAGGGAGCUCCUAAGAUUUGAAAUUUUGAGGACAAAAGAAGAAAUCAUAGUCGAAUGUCAGGGUUGCUGUCAGCUGCCUCGACUAGUAACUGAACCCAGAAAGGUAUUUUCAAAAAUCGAGGAGUUUUACCCUUUGAAUAAACCACCAAGGAAGACCUUCAUAAUUGAGAAGGAUUGCUUCGAAUUCGGACCCCUACUUGCCGCCAAAUCACGAGAUCUAAUUUUAGCUGGCGAGUAUAAGGAGAAUGUCACAGAGCUACGACUGCAAAAUGAUGGACCGCAUGGUGUAGAAGUAAAGUUGGCAUUUGAGAACAAUGAAGGAGGUGAAAAUUUUGCGGUAUCACCGUCAGAACUUCACAUUAGUCGGAAUGAGGUACAGGUUGCAAAAGUGUACGCUCUACCAACCGCCGCAGUAACUGCAACAAGCAAAUUGAUUGGUCAGAUUAAGGACAAUCCCAAACCAAUCAAAUUUAACUUUGCUGUAAUUGGUGUUUUGCCAUCUCUCACAGUUCAAACAAAGGUCGUUAAUUUUGGUAAAAUACCCUUAAAUAAAGCUGAACUACAGCAAGUUGUUAUUUUUAAUCCAACUCCUAUUCCUGUUGCUUGGAAAUGCGAGAUUCUGGUGUCUAUGAAGGAGACGGAUUUUAAUGUAUGCCCCUCAUCUGGUAUCCUCAAAUCGCCCAAUGAAAUCUUCAACCUCACAGUGGAGUAUAGUGGAUCUUCAGACCCUCGAAGGAUAGCAAUCAAGAGGUGGUUGCGCUUUUACGCCAUGGAUACUAGAGGAUUGUCGAGUCCGGUGACUAUUCACCCAUCUGUUGGUGUUCAAUUGGAGGUGGUGGAUCCGGGAUUUGAGAUUGCAAUGCCAAAAGAGGGACUCGGAUUUGGACUUGUAAGGGUCAGAGAAGAAACUAAAAAAACCCUGGAGUUGCGAAAUCAUGGCCCAUUCAAAUUACAGUAUAAAUUCCAUGCUGUGCUGUCGGAGAGGAAGCAGAUGGACUUGCAGAAAGCCCUCACCAUAAAUCCGCAAAGUGGAAUUCUUCUGCCAUCUCAGAAUUUGAACAUCACGGUCUGCUGUUAUUCCCUGCACGAAGUGGAGAUUCACAAUGAGGCUGCUUUCAUUUGUGAGGUGGAAACGCAUAAAGGCGUUCCGAUAUCCACUACUCCCAUUCCCAUAUCUGUGCGAAUACGCCGUAGCCAUUUUAAAAUCCUCCCGUCCAAGGAAGUAGCCUUUGGGACGAUGGUGGUGAACACAAGAGCGACAGAGCAAGUGACAAUAAAAAAUGAUGGCCAUUUUGAUCUCCACUACUCGAUUCUCCCCAAGCACUCCACUUUUAAAGCACGUUCGGCAAAACGCGAAUCUAGUCAAAAGAGGCCAUUGGGUGCUCGGGGAAGAGAGAAGAUUUCGCAAGGUCCUUUUGUAAUUUCCCCAGCUAGUGGGACAAUUGCGAUUGGGCAGAAGCAGCCAAUUACGGUACAGUGUUCAUCUGGACCAAUCAAAGCUAUCUUUGACGAGGAGCUUGUCAUUCAAAUUGCGGACAAACCAAACGGUGAAACGGAUGUCGCCAGUGUUCCAUUUCGGCUUUCUAUGGAGGUGUGUAGUCCGUCCUUGGGAAUUGAGGAUAUGGCUUCCAUUUUCGAGGAACAUCUAGUCUGUCAAUCACGAAAUGAACUUGAAAGCCUGGCCAAUCAUGGGAUCAUAGGUGCGGCGUACAUUGGGGAUGAAAAUUGCUUCGACUUUGGAGCCACGCUAAUUGGCACUGUUUCUUGCGGGAGAUUCAGACUUUUCAACAACUCCAAGGCUGCUCUGGAUGCGAAAUUUCUCCUGAGACAAGAAAAAACAGAAAAGAGACGAAGAACUCGAAGAAAUGAAUCCGACGCCUUGGAGGCGUUUAAUGUGGUUCCGGCGAUAUCGCGCAUUGAACCCUACCAAUCCGUCUACGUGGCCUGUUCCUUUACCGCAAAAUCAUUGGGGGUCUACUCCACGACCUUUCAAGUUCUUGUUGAGGAGGAGAGCGCACCAUUGCUAAAAUUUGACUUACGAGGCAAGGGAGAGAUACCUCGUGUUAGUGUAGAGGAGCCGACCUCACAAAAUCCCCGAGGGAAUCGCUACUUGGUAUUUAACAAGGACCAAACUUCACGGUUCAUAAGAAUACGGAAUGAUGGAGUGAUCCCAUGUCAGGUGAAAGUAGAUGUGGAGACAACGGAAAGUCAUGUUGCGGCAUUCAGACUCGGUAAUAGCGAGUUUAGAAGGGAAGUCGCGUUGGUAUCGGACUGUCUGCAAACUUCGGUCAACUUCACAUUGGCCGCUAGUGAAUCUCACAGUCUCGAGGUUGCCUUCAUCCCCGAAAACCACAAAAACGGUGGUCGUAUCACCGGCUGCGUUAAAAUUUUUCUCCAAGGCAACAACUAUGAGAAGGAGGUUAUUGAACUGUGUGGAGUCGCAUCAGCAGAGCUUACAUCGGCCCCACAAAUCCAUUUGGUGGACCCUGUGUUGGAUCCUCUGGAUUUUGAAAAAGUCAACAACAAGAACCAUAUGAGGCUCGGUAACUGCUAUGUUGGAGCCCCAAUCCUCAAGCACCUUCUCCAGAGUUAUCCAAUCAAAACCGACGAGCCUGGCUUGACAACACGGUUAGAAAACAAGCUUCCGUCGUUUAUUUUUGCUUGGCCACGGGAUCAUCCACAUUUGGAAUUUGAACCGGCUACAGGAGAUUUGCACCCAGGCUCCUCGUUGACCGUGUUUGUGAAGUUUUACAGUGAUAGACCGGUCGCCUACCAUUUAGCACCAGUUCGUUGUGAGCUUAUACAGGUCUUGAAGGCAGAACCCCAGAUGGUUGCAGACCAUUUGAUUUCGCUCAGUGAUCAAUUAUUUUACGGAUUUAAGGACUAUUCUACACUCACUGAAGGCAUGGCUGUUGAUAAGGACCAACGGUGUGCUCGCAGUGCGGGAACGCCUCGGAGUCGAGUGAGAGGAUCACCUAAGUUACAACGUAAAAGCCUAUCAGCGAGAUCGAACUAUUCACAGAAAAUCUGUUUGGAGGAAUCGGCGAAAUUAGACGUCGUAAAUGAUAAGACAGAGGAUGAAGGAAAAAGGGAGAGGAAGUUUCUGGACCUAUAUUUCACUAUAGACUGUGGUUUUGUGGAAUACCUCUGUGAAGUGGACUCCAUUGAGUUUGUGGCUACACCUCUUUACUGUGAAGCAGUUAAAACGUUGCAGAUAAAGAACACCGGAAGAGUGACAAUGACUUUUCGCAUCGAGAAGGUUGAUAAUGACGAUGAGUCGUUUGAAGUGGAUAUCAGUGAAAGCCUAAUUCUACCGGGAAAAAGUGCAGAAUUAAGGUUGACAUUUCGUCCAACGCGUUCGGGUGAACAUCAAUGCAGCUUCACUUUGAGAGUGCCUAGUACCGCGGAAGAAUCUACCGCAUCCAAAGCCAUACGCGCAAUUGGGAGGGGAGUUAGCGUUCCGAUCCACCUUCAGCUUUCCAAAUGUGAUUACGAGGCAAGGCAGUUACCCGCCGAUCCCCUGUGGUACCAGGCCCAGACGUUAGUGAUUGUGGCCACCGGAACUGGCCAUAAAGUUACAAGAUCAUUCGAAAUCAUGAAUGCUAGUGAGGAUUCCAUUGAACUUGAUGUCCAAAAGGUCGAUACAAGCGACAGAACGAUGGAUGUAGUUCUCUCUGAAACCUUCAUCAAAUCGGGUCACUCAACUAACGUGGAAGUAUCAUUCCUGAGUCCGACCAGAGAGACAAAAGAGGUUUGUGUAAUCUUCGAGGCCAGUGGGCACCGCGUGCCCCUCUUGCUUGUGGGUCAAACAAGGGAGGCAGUUGUCGCCUUCGAUAGAAGCCAUCUCCGUCUGCCCGAGCUUCCAAUCGGUCGGAAAGUUGAGGAAGUAGUCCACCUUGUCAACACUGAGACGAUUCCAGUGAAUUUUAAAAUUAACAGAGCAACUCUCCAUUGCAAUAGCUGUCUGGAUAAGUUGUCCAUUUUACCUAUGGGAGGAUGUAUACAACCGAAUGAAAGGUUCCCUCUCAAAGUCCACUUCUCUCCGACAGAAGAACGAAGGUGUAACUUCAACAUUUUGUGUAAGGUGGAACAUCGGCAGAUACCCCUUCGGUUAAACGUCAAGACUGGUGCCCUAAAAUGCUCCACCACUGUGUGGCUCUUGGAUGACUGUAGUGAAGCAAAGCAGGCAAUUCCAGCUUUUCUAAUGCAGUGUCCGGCAAAAGACGUGACCAAAUCUAUCACUUCUGCAAGUCGACGAGUCGUAGACUUCCCUUCCCUGCGUAAGGACUUGACUGUCGUAGAUUUUGGCGAGGUAUUCACCGGAUGUGAUUCUACAAGGCUUAUAAAGCUUGUUAAUCACGGUGACUACGAGGUGGAAUUUGGCACUGUUGUUACAUCGACAUCAAAGAAUGUAUUAGUACCUUUCAGCAUGACUCCAGGUUUUGGAAAGGUGGGACAGCUGAAAGAAACUCUUCUUCAGAUCGUCUUCAAACCCGAUUCUGCUUUCCGAGCUUCAACUCAAACGACUAACUUUCUUGGCGUUAUUGCCAUUCUAAAUGGACCGGCAUUUGCAUUUGACUUGCGUGGACGUGUCACUGUGAAUGCAGUUGACAUCUCACCCAGUCAACUGAAUUUUGGUGCCCAAUUUACUCAAGAAACAGGACUGGGUGUAAUCACAAAGUGUCUAAGGAUUUCAAAUAGGAGUCCGGAUAAACCGGUUUACGUUGCCGUUGUAGCAUCCACCUUACCAGAAUUCAUUUGUGACUUCUCCCCUCAAAUGCUUGAACCUUCUUCUACAGCAGACGCAAAGGUCACCUUCUAUCCCUCCGCAUGCAAAAGCUAUGAGAGCAAACUAUGCUUUCUGGUGAAUGAAAAGGUGAAAAUCAAGGUACCUGCCAGAGGAAGGGGUGUUAAGCUUGACGUGGAAAUAAAUUGUGGCAGUUUAAUGAUAAAUCAGGAGAGAGAAGGAAUGAGCAAAGCACCUGUCAAGUUAAGAGACGGUAAACAGGUGGAGUCCUCGGUGGUUCAUCUCGGAAACCUCAACUUCAUGCAAAGCAGUCGUCGUACAGUGGCAAUAAUGAACAAGAGUCCAUCACCAAUUACAAUAACCGGAGCCUCUGUACUGCCCAAAUCAAAGGCGCUAAAUAAAGUCCGUGUAAACGCAUCAACUUCAAGGCCAAAUCCUUCGGACAUCCUUUCGUUGACGUUUCUGCCCUCGCCUCUAUUUGCGAGUUCAAACCGAACACCAGACAGAGAGUAUCGGGGCAGCCCCGAGGAUAAUUGCUUAUCACAGCCACGGAAAGAUGCAACGGCACAAAUUGAAGUGUUUUUCUCGCCUCGAGAUCUGCCAAUUAUGUCAUUUUGUGAAGAGAUUCUACUGCAGAUUUCGACUACUACUAAUCCGGAUAAGUGUAUAUGGAUCCCUGGCUUUACAAUUUGCGGGAAGUGUACCGGUGCGAAAAUGGUUUCGGAAACUUCGGCAAUCAAUUUUGGCACCGUGGUGGUUGGAAGUAGUUGUUGCAAGACUGUUGCCAUCUCAAAUCGCGGAAAUAAAUCUGCAACCUUUGUGUGGGAUGAAAAGACGCUGCCUCGACACGUUGUGUCUGUCGAACCCAAAAGUGGACGCAUCCGAGCAAACACAUCAAUGAACUUCAAAUUCACUUUAAAACCUGUCCGAGUGAAUCAGGAACUUUGCUUUGAGAAUGUCACCUGCAACAUAGAGGGUUCGAAACCCCUGCGGUUUGCAAUUACUGGACUCUGUACGGCGUCCCACGAGGUCGCCGAAGUCAUUCACUUCGCCUGCGCAGUGCGUGAAAAGGACACGCAGAGUGUUAGCCUUUCAAAUCCCACGAACAGUGUGUGGACGGUCAAGCCUGUGUUCACUGGCACUGAAUGGAGUGGCAAGGGGCUCUUUGAGAUUCUACCCAAAGGAAGCGUAGACUAUGCCAUUACAUAUCAUCCCCUGAAUAUGACAAGCAAUGAUGAUGUCCAUAAGGGCUCGAUAUUCUUUCCAUUUCCAAAUGGAACGGGGUUGAAGUGCCAUCUCGAAGGCACAUCCAACCCUCCUGAUGCUCUCAAACCCAAAACAUUGGUAGAAAUUCCCUGCAGACGAAAAUAUGGCCUCCAAAUUGAUGUUCCCAAUUGGUUGUCAAGAUUGCAACGAUUUCAUGUUUCGUGGAUUGCCUCAAAUGGAUCAAAUUUUACGUUUGCUGGUCCUCAAUUCAUUGAUGUACCAGGAGGCGUGUCCAUGAAAUACCCCCUUACCUGUGAGGGAUUGAGUGAGGCUUCAACUACUUUAAAAAUCACCUUCUCAAGUACGGAGACUAAGGAGUAUCAAUUUGUGGAGUAUCAGAUUCGAGCAAUCAGACCCAAACCUGAAGGUCUGAUCAAAUUAAAAACACCGCUAAGAAAGCCUGUCACCUAUCAGUUGGGAUUGGAGAAUCCACUGCGGAGAGAUACUGUUGUGGCACUCCACUCGACACUGCCUGAAUUGAUGUGUCCACCGGAGUAUAAAUUGACCGCACAGUCGAACAGCACAAUAAACCUUGACUUCAUACCCUGGCGCAUUGGAAAAUUCAGCGGCAGCCUCGAGGUGAAUAGUUCGGACUUGGGCCUUAGUGUCUAUGACCUUAACUUGGAAGCACUUGAGCCUUUGCCCGAAAAACCUGUCAAAUUUCAAACAAGUCUCGGCCAAUCCGACACAGUUACCGUGACUAUCUCCAACCUGAGUCGAAGCAGGGCCGAAUUCACCUCCAAAAUUAAUAAUGCCGCCUUUCGUUGUGAGAGGUCGGUGCUUGUGGCCACCAAUUCGUCAGUCAAACUACCAGUGACAUUUGAACCAAACAGUUUAGGCACGUUGGAAGCCACUUUGAAGGUGACAAGCAGUCAGGCGGGAUCUUUCAUCUUCCCGCUACAUGGGUUCGCUAAACUGCCAACACCUCAGGGUCCCUUCCUCGUUUCAACCACAGCUCCAACUUCGUUGACGGUUAAGAAUGUCUUUUCAGAGCCCAUUGAAUUCACUUUGGAGGUCGACAACACUGCGUUUCGGGUAGAAUACGCCCCAAAAGUGGUGAGUCCACACAAGGAAUUGAAGAUUUUGGUCACUCUUGAGCCCCGAGACAGUUCAUUAAACGUGCAUGGAAAACUUGUCGUCUCGUGCAACCCCUCCACACUCGACCUCCGCAUUCAGUGGGUUUUCUAUCUCAAGGGGAUUACUGCGGCAUGA